AUGCCUAGCAGAGCAUCAAAGCGUUUCUCAACCGAGGCAGUCUCCCAAGAAUCAUGGUAUGCUUUACCUGCUUCCGAACGAUCGGCAAUCCUCCACCGACAACGCCGACGCAGAACGCAACAACGCUACAGGAAGAAAGUCCAGAACAAAGAGGUUUGUCUCGAGGAUGAGGUCGCCCAGCUUCAGGAGAACGUCAAACGACUUGAAAAGCAGCGGGAUGCCAUUUCUCUAAGCAUUCCGACGAAAACCGCGACGUUGAAUGCGGUGGUAGAGUUCUUCCGACUGUUCCGCAACGGCUUCCACCCCGUUGCCUCCGUGUCAGAUCUUUGCCAGGCCUCAACAUCGCUUAAGAAUGAUCCUGCGUAUGUGCAGACGCAGUUUCUCCAGGCUAUUACCGUGCACGAUUUCUUGAGUAAUGCCGGAUACGGCGUCGAAACGGCAUUAGAAGAUUGGCGACUAAUCUCGAAGCAACUUGAGAAUCAUUCAAUCGAGCUGGAGAGAGUGGAGCGUGGAGUUGGAAACAGUGUUGUUGCCUACAUGAACGGCGUUUUCACCGCCACUGAAACGGUGCUGCACUCGGCGUUUCCAGAGCUCAACACCGACAGCGACGGUGGAAAAUGGGCAGCACUUGCUGUGAAGCUACUUGGCAAGCGACUUGUCGUGCCCAGUAGCUUCGUUUUUCGCUUCGAUGACUCGAACAGCCGUAUGCUGAGUGCACACUACGAGGCCGACAUGCUAACACCUUUGCUUGAGUUGCUGCAAAGUCCAGGAGAUGUUUCGCUCGUUCUGAAUAGCCCUCUCAACGUCCACCAUUGGAGUAAAGAGUAG